AGAAAUUAGAUAUAAGCGGCAGCCCGGCUCUUGCUUCAGAACUUUCUUUUGCCUCCUAGGGGUUUGCACUCGCAGUAAUUUUCGGAUUCGGAUCUUAAAGAAUAAGGUCUUUCCAUUUUGUCCGGAUCCGGUCUUGAGCUCCUCUGCUUCGCCGGCGCCGAUCGACGACUCCGGUAUUUCGCCGGAACUCUUGUUUGCUCCGGCCAGGUAGCGGGAUUCCAGCGGGUUCGGGGGAACGGUGGUCCAAGGAGGGAGUUUUAAGAGAAGGAAUGGAGGUGAAAUGGCGGAACCAGUGGUUGUGGGCGGCGGUGGUGAUGGGUCUGAGCUUCCUCCUCGCAGCGGCGAUGGCCUCGGCGGAGCGAGGACCGAAGUCUGAGGACUUGGGAGAUGAUAGUUUCGUCGAAGAAGAGAUGGGUGCUUUGGAUUACGUUCUAAAGGUGGUAAAUUUCUCGUGGCAGCCCAACGAAUCUUCUUACCAACAUGUUUGGCCGCCGAUGAAAUUUGGCUGGCAAAUAAUCGUGGGAUCGAUUAUUGGGUUCCUUGGAGCGGCCUUCGGUAGCGUUGGAGGUGUCGGUGGAGGUGGGAUUUUUGUUCCCAUGCUUACGCUGAUCAUUGGCUUCGACCCGAAAUCAUCAACUGCUAUAUCAAAAUGUAUGAUCAUGGGUGCAGCGGGGUCAACCGUAUACUACAAUCUUAAGCUCAGGCAUCCAACUCUAGAUAUGCCCAUCAUUGAUUAUGACUUGGCUUUGCUUUUCCAACCAAUGCUCAUGCUUGGAAUUAGCAUCGGAGUUGCUUUUAAUGUAGUGUUUGCUGAUUGGAUGGUUACAGUUCUUCUAAUCAUCCUCUUCUUAGGAACAUCAUCCAAGGCAUUUAUGAAGGGUGUUGAGACAUGGAAGAAAGAGACAUUGAUGAAAAAGGAGGCUGCAAAACGUGCAGAGUCAAGUGGUAGUGAAGAAAUUGAAUACAAAGCUCUCCCUAGUCCAGGCAAUACCAAGGAGCCUCAGACUCGGUCGGAGGUUUCAGUUCUUCAGAAUGUCUACUGGAAGGAGCUCGGACUUCUCGUGUUUGUAUGGAUCGCAUUCCUUGCACUGCAGAUUAUGAAGGAAUAUACUUCAAAUUGUUCAAUAUUGUACUGGAUUUUGAAUUUGCUACAGAUCCCGGUCUCUGUGGGAGUGGCUUCAUAUGAAGCAGUUAGUUUAUACAGAGGAAAGAGAGUGAUUUCAUCAAAGGGAGAUGAAGAAACUAACUGGACAGUUCUCCAGCUACUUCUAUACUGUGCAGCCGGCAUCCUCGCUGGUGUAGUUGGUGGACUGCUUGGGCUUGGGGGAGGGUUUAUUAUGGGUCCUCUUUUCCUAGAGCUUGGUAUUCCUCCUCAGGUGUCAAGUGCUACAGCAACUUUUGCCAUGACGUUUUCCUCAUCCAUGUCUGUUGUAGAAUACUACCUCUUAAAGCGAUUCCCUGUUCCAUAUGCUGCUUACUUUGUUGCCGUGGCAACUGUUGCUGCCUUUAUAGGCCAAUAUGCAGUUAGGAAGCUGAUUAACAUGCUAGGGAGGGCAUCUCUCAUAAUUUUCAUCCUAGCUUUCACUAUCUUUGUUAGUGCAAUCUCAUUAGGUGGAGUUGGUAUCUCAAACAUGAUUCAGAAGAUCCAGCGGCAUGAGUACAUGGGGUUUGAGAACCUGUGCAAGUACUAAGCCUAGCAUUAAAGCAAAAGGUGGCAAUAUCUCCUCGAUCAAACUCUAGGGCCCCAUGUUUGGAUUUCUAUUUUCUCCCCAUAUAUGGGUAGCGGCUGACCUGCCCUGCUUUUGUACCAAUUUAUCAGUUAUUUGUGCUAAUAAAAAAUUCUUCAAAGAUGUUACUUCUAUUCUUCAUUCAGAAUCUGGCAUAGAGCUAGAUUUAAAAUCAGAAACUCAGCUGGAAUUUAGUUAUUCUUAAUGCUCAUGUGAUCAGAUUCUCAAUCUAUUCAUGGAUAUUGUUU